AUGGCGUCGAAUACGACGACAUCCCAGCCGCAACAGCACCAACCCGACUUCCAUCCCGCUUCCAACCCGCAUAUCGAUCACAUCAACUACACUACCAGCGAAAAUCAGUUGGCAGGGCUUGUACAAGCAGCCACGGCAGCAGCAGGUCAGGCCGACUCUGACUGGGCAACAGCUGCUGCUGCCGCUGCCGCCGCAGGCCACCACCAUCUCGAAAAUUACUCGACGGAGCUACAUUUACCAGACGAUGGGUUUGAUGAGAGUGCUUUCGGUGGUCUUGGCUCGCCCGCAGGUGCUGGUCGACAGAAUCGCGCGUCGAUAGUCAAUGGACAAAAUGCGCAAGGAUUGUCUCGGACCGUUUCGAAGAAGCGCAAGAGAGGGGAUGAAGCUCUGGAUCCAGCGCUAACUGGGAUGCCGGACCAGAAUGAGCAGCAUCAGCAGCCACAACAGCAAUCGCAACAAGUGUUUGACGGAACCGAAUUCGGAGAAAUGUCACGAUCACAGUCGCUGACGGAUGCGCGGGCAGCUGGGGUCCAUUCCGCUGCAGCUUUAUUCCGUCAACCGUCAAGCAAUAAGAAGUAUACACGACCGCCAAUGUCCCGUCUAUAUGCGUCGCUCGAAUUAUCGCCUGAGAACUUUCUACAUUUGCAAGCGGCAGCGAAAAGUUAUAUGUUGGAUGACGCUCAUCCGGAUCGACGAGACUGCGUGGGUCAGCGCGGAAAAGGCGACACAGAAAUGGUCAAGUUGCGUCUGUGGAAUUGCGUGCGCGAUUUUCUCGAAGUUGAAGGGUACGGUGAACGAUUCUUUGGCGAACACGUUGUUAAUGAAGGAAUGCCGCCGAGACAGUAUAUCUGGCCUCGCGAUCAACACAAAAUCAUAUCGCUUGUGAUUCCGUUGCUGCGGCGCAUGGUCACCAACGAGCGACAAAGACAGUAUGCGAUUGAGACGCGCAAGGGUGGUGCUGGCAACCAACCCGACGAGCGCAAGCGCAGAAAGACGGAAGACAUCGUGCAAGCGGAGACGGCAGAGCAGACGCCAACUCAGGAAUCGCAUCCUCAAACUCAACAGGCUGAGCAAAAAAUUCACCCACAAAAUGAUUAUCAGAAUUUGCAAAACCAUUAUGUACCACCACCUCCUCCAUUGCCUCAUCAAGACUUUUCUUCCGGACAGCAACCGGGUAUUGGACUGUCGCCGCUUGUUCUAGAGGGGUAUCCGACAGAUUGGGACGCAGUUUCUCAGGCGUACAAUAUGUAUAACCAAAACUACCAACUGGACACAUUGUGGGGGGUGUCUGGAUUACAGCAACCGGACUGGUGGGGACUCGUUGCGGCGGUGGAUAGUCACUGGAAGGUGGUUCACGAUGGAAAUCCCACGCAAUGCGCACCGCAGUGCGAAGCUCACCACCUCAAUACAAUCUUGUCAUCGAGCGAACUUUUCCAGUUGGAUUGGCGGAUCGGCGGUAGCGCCGAUGCCCCAGCUCGAACGGAAUUUGCGAAUUCAGUCACCCGUGACCUCGAUCGAAUCAUCAAGGAAAGCCUCAUCCACAGACAAGAAAACGCGCAAAGAGAGCCUGAGCAGACGCAUACCAGUGAACACGCCCCGUUUCUCUCUGCCGCAUAUGGUUCAGACUCGGCUCAGGGUCAGCACGCUCACCCACACGACACCUCACCCAUCACCUUACACCUCAACGUCCUCCACGACGGCAAACGCAUCCUUCCGCGCCUCGACGUCACAGCGGAACAAUGCCCUGAUCUCGCCAGCGUGCGUAAUCUGAUUGCGCAUCGGUGGACCGGCCAAUUCCCGGCGUCUACAUGCGACGAGAACGGCAACGUCGUCACGACCAACUGGAAGAUUCAAGUAUGGCUUCCGGAGGGGUUAGUGACGGCGGAUAACGAUGGGGAUUGGACUAUUGCGCAGUUAUCGGCGGGGACGAUAGAUUGGAUGGAUAAUGAUUUGAGGGUGAUUGUAGAUUUAGGUGCUUGAUGUGCAGAUCUUUUGUUAUUAGAUACCCAGAUACCCCUGCUUUAGUUGAGUGUACGAUAGAAUUUCAAAGAGUCCGGUACCUUGGUGGUCUAAUGGCCGGCACAAUGUUAAUCCGACCGAUCAUCUUCGAUCUUUGACUGCACGACCAAGACCAUUAUAGUACUCUACGCAUUCAUCGCUAAUAUACACCCGAUUUCUCUC